CCCACGUGCCAGGCGCGCGCGGCGCCGAGCCUUCUGGGAGGCUCUCGCGGGGGCGCCGGGACGGGACCUCUGGGGCGCAGACGCCCGACGCCACUGACGCGGUGGGCAGCAGCGCGCUCGCGGGAGCUCCACGGGACUGAGGCGCCCAGCCCGCUGCCGCGUCUCCCCGGGGCGACCCCACACCUGCCGCUGCGUCUCCUCAGGGCCCCGUCGGGGUGCCCGGCGCUCGCCCAGCUGGCGGCCCUGAAGCCCGGCGGCGGAGGCGGCGGCGGCGGCGGCGGCGGCGGCGGCUGGUGCGCUCAGCUGCGGGGCCGCGGGCCGGGGGGCGUGGCGAGGCCGCCCCGCUCGAGUUUCUCCCCCGCGGCGGCGGCGCUGGGUCGCUUUCGCUUUCGUUUCCCGCUGGCGUCCCCGCUCAGCUGGAGCUGCGGCCCGCGCUCCGACGGCCCGCGCGCCCCCGCCGCCUUGGCCGUGGCCGCCGCCGCCGUCGCGGCCAUGGCGCAGGCCGCCGCGCUGGCUGAGGUGACCCAGACGCUGUGCGCGGCGGGCGGCGCCCUGGAGCUGGACGAGCUGCGGCGCCGCGUGCGGGACGGCGUGGCCUCCGACGUGCUGGAGCGCCUGCUGCGGGAUCGCGGCCGCCUGGUGGUGGCGCGGCGGGCGGGCGCCGGGGGCGCCGAGCGCGUGGUGGUGGCGGCGUCGGCGCUGCGCCUGUGCCGCGCCCCGCCCGCCUCCCCGGGGCCCCCCAAGGCCGAGUGCGCCGCGGGCUCCUGCGGGCAGCUGCACCUCUGCAAGUUCAUGGUCUACGGCGCCUGCAAGUUCCUGCGCGCCGGAAAGCACUGUAGGAACAAUCACAACCUGACGACCAGCCACAAUCUGAGCGUUCUGAGGACCCAUGGCGUCGACCACCUCAGCUACAGCGAGCUCUGUCAACUGCUGUUUCAGAACGACCCCUGGCUUUUGCCUGAGGUCUGCCUUCAUUACAACAAAGGCGACGGGCCCUACGGCUCCUGCACCUUUCAGAAGCAAUGUAUCAAACUCCACCUCUGCCAGUAUUUCUUACAGGGGGAAUGCAAGUUUGGUGCCAGCUGUAAGAGAUGUCAUGACUUCUCCAGUGCGGAGAAUCUGGGGAAGCUUGAGAAGCUGGGCAUGAGCUCCGAGCUGGUGAGCAGGCUGCCUUCCAUUUACCGCAAUGCUCAUGACAUUAAGAACCGGAACUCUUCCCCUAGCAAAGACCAGCCUCCAGGCCCUCAGGGGACUUCAGAAAGAAGAGACAGCUCAGGUUCUGCAACCCCAAACACAACUAGCCAAGAGGAUGCUGAUCAAAUCUGUUUGUACCACAUCCGGAAAAGCUGUAGCUUUCAAGAUAAAUGUAAUAAAGUUCAUUUUCACUUGCCAUACCGUUGGCAGUUUUUGGAUGGAGGCAAGUGGAAGGAUUUGGACAAGAUGGAGAUUAUUGAAGAGGCGUAUAGCAAUCCCAGAAAAGACAGGAUCCUGUGUGCCGAGUCAGCGAGUACAUUCCGCUUUGACUAUCUGGACUUUGACACCAUGACAUUUGGCGUCACCCGGGCUCGCCGCCUCUCCACAGCCUCCUCGGCCACCAAGCCCCCACACUUCAUCCUCACCACCGAGUGGGUCUGGUACUGGACUGAUGAGUUUGGUUCUUGGCAGGAGUAUGGAAAACAGGGUGUGGAGCACCCGGUGACCUCCAUCAGCAGCAGCGACCUGGAGAAGGCCUACCUGAUGUUCUGUACCCCCGGCUCUGACGCACAGGCGGCCACCCUGAAAUUCCAGGCUGGGAAGCAGAACUAUGAGAUCGACUUCAAAGGUUUUGUUCAGAAAAACUUGCACUAUGGCACAGUCAGGAAGAUUUGCCGGAGACCCAAAUUUGUGUCUCCCCAUGAUGUGAAGGUGAAGCAGACCUGCGGUGUCAAGCUCCCAGGCCCCAAAAGUAUCCCAGACUAUUGGGACCUCUCAGCCCUGCCAGAUCCCGGCUUUAAGAAGGUGGUUCUCAGCCCUACCUCAGAGGAGUACCAUAAGGUCUGGGUCCACUUCAACAACACACUGCCUUACUACUCUGUCCAGAAGAUCGAGCGAGUCCAGAACCUGGCGCUGUGGGAAGUCUACCAGUGGCAAAAAGCACAGAUGCAGAAGAGAAAUGGAGGCAAAAUGGUGGAUGAGAGGCAGCUGUUUCAUGGCACCAGCGCCAGUUUUGUGGAUGCCAUCUGCCAGCAGAACUUCGACUGGCGGGUCUGUGGGCUUCACGGCACUUCCUAUGGCAAGGGUAGCUACUUUGCGAGAGACGCGGCGUAUUCCCACCACUACUGCAAGUCCGACAUGAAGUCCUACACCAUGUUCCUGGCUCGUGUGCUGGUAGGCGACUUCGUCCGGGGUAAUGCCACCUUUGUGCGCCCCCCGGCCAAAGAGGGCCAGGGCAACCUUUUCUAUGACAGCUGUGUCAACAGCAUGUCCGACCCCUCCAUCUUCGUGGUCUUCGAGAAGCACCAGGUGUACCCGGAGUACGUCAUCCAGUACUCACCCCUCACGUCCUCGGCCGCGGUCUCCACCCAGCUGACGGCUGUGCCCUCGUCCGGCAUGCUCUCCUUCUCCUCCCUGGCCUCCUUCUUCGGGAGCAGCCGCCAGUGAGCUCAGGCUGCCAGGCUGCAGUAGCCCUUCUCAGGCUUAUCUUUCUUUAGGUAGUUUAGGGAAGUUCUGUUUUGUUUUUUUUUAAACAAGCUUUUAAUGAACUGUUUAAUGUUGACUCCUGAAUGAAGUCACUGUCUUAAUCUCUCACCGACAACAGUUUUAAGGCGCUUUGGACGCCCACCUGGGAACUACCCCAGAGUGAUGUUAGGUGAGCUUGUUCACUGCUUUUAUUGUAUGUUACUGUUUUAUCUUUACUUAGUGGCUUUGGUGCCAGGCACAGGGCUUCCAGGUACAAUUUUAUGGAUUGGUUUUUAAUUUUGAGGAGUGUCUCCAGUGAUUGGGUUUUUGGAGGUGUCCAUGGGCUCUUGUUUUAUUUUUUUGUUUGAAUGACUCCAUGGCCAACCCCAUGGGGUUUGCUCUGACUCGAGUCCAGGGAGCUCUGGUGCCUCCCUGGGCUCCUGGCCCUGGAAUCAGCUGUGUGUCCUCAUCAGAGCAAGUGGCCAGUGUUGGGUCCCUGUUCUGAGUCCCUGCUUUCUUUCACCCUGCAGCAGGCAUCCUGCCACCCAGGCUAGCAUGUUCAUUUGGCAGGUGACAGGAGUGGUGCGGUCUGUGCAUGCUCAUGUCCACACCAUGUUGGCACACUGGAUACCCUCCAAAUACAGAUUUUAUGUCCCCAUGAAAUUUGAAGACUUGUACUGCAAAUGUCACAAGUUUGGAAAUAAAAGAAUAUUUAUGUGACAA